CCCACUCUACAGACCCUUCCUACAUCUACUGUACCUCUGAAACAACCGGAACCACAAGCUCAGAUCACUUCCAUCAACACAGCUCAAGGCCUGACAUUAAAUCCCACAAUACUCAAUAGCCAAGCUCCACUUGUUGGUUCUUUGACUGCCACACCGGUUAUUGCGAAUGCCAUGCCUGGUUUACAGGGAAUCAUGAGUCCACUCAUAACUAAUGCACAAGGGCAGGUCAUAGGAACUCUCCCCUUAGUCAUGAACCCAGCUACGAUAUCAACAAGCAAUACAGUGACAGCAAUACCAACACAAAGCCUACAGGUGCAAGCAGUUACACCACAGAUGCUGCUGAACGCACAAGGUCAAGUCAUUGCAACUGUAAUCAGCAACCAGUUUGUGCCAGUCCUGAGCCGGCAGGGGGGUCCCCUCUCACCUGUAAAGACAUUGCAGCAGGUACAAGCUUUCCAGGCAAUAGCUACUGUUGCACCACCCAACGUGACACCGACCACAUCCGCUGCACCGACUGAACCCCCUGUUACGUCAAGCAACACUCCUUCCAGUGCUAGUGUUGGACAGCUGGUCAGCAAGCCUCAAAAUGCACCCACUGAGGUGGAUGGAAUAAACUUGGAAGAGAUACGUGAAUUUGCAAAGAAUUUUAAGAUCCGUCGACUAUCUCUUGGGCUGACACAGACACAAGUUGGACAGGCACUAAGUGCAGCGGAGGGGCCUGCCUACAGCCAGUCAGCCAUCUGCAGGUUUGAGAAAUUGGAUAUCACUCCUAAAAGUGCACAGAAGAUCAAGCCGGUGCUUGAAAGAUGGCUAACAGAAGCAGAAGUGCGACAUCGUGCUGGCAUACAGAACCUCACCGAGUUUGUUGGUAGUGAACCUUCAAAGAAACGUAAACGACGCACAUCUUUCACGCCGCAGGCCCUGGAAAUUCUUAACAUCCAUUUUGAGAAAAACACCCACCCCACUGGUCAAGAAAUGACAGAGAUAGCUGAGCAGCUGAACUAUGACCGAGAGGUUGUUAGAGUGUGGUUCUGCAACAAGCGACAGACUUUAAAGAACACCAUCAAGAGGUUGCAGCACAAUGACUCGACGGAAUCAGGUUCAGUGGAACGAUUAUCGGACUCCAAAGUAAACAUUGCUGGGACGGGCUGAUGUGCAGAAGAUUCUUUCAAGUCCACCUGUACUGUUUCCACAGUCCUGCCCUGUCUGGAUCUUCCCUAGCCAUUUUUAUCUUUUCUGUUGUUACCGGUGCUGUGGAGUUCAUGCCAUUUACAUUGUGCACUAUAGCUCUUUGGAUGCUUUUACAAAAUUGUACUCCUGGUGCAGAAAUCACAGAGAGCUUGUGCUCAGAUUACCAGGAGACACUUAUGGCAGGAAAGGAACCGUGCCAGAAUUUCAUAAAGCCACCCCUUAUAAGCUUGCCUGAAUCACCUUACAGUGAAUCAUUAUUGUUCUCUCUGUUUGAAAAGUGCACAUCCUGUUAUUUUGGACACUAAUUUUUAAACACCUGGGACCUACAUCUCAAUAUAAGGCCUUCAGUGACUUAAUGCUUCAAUUCAGAGUCAUACCUAAUAUUUACAUGAUACAAGCUGAAAUGUGUAUACAACUGUGUAUAUUACAUGAUGCAAGG